AUGGCUGCUUCUCGCGUCGUCGGCAUUGCGCUCCUGGUGUUUCUGGUCGUCGCCGCGGAGCUCGUAGCCAUGCCGGAAGCUCGCUUGAUCCAGCGCGCCAGCGCCGGCGGUGCGGUGACGAGUGACGGUGAAUCGGCUGGCCUCCGACGGCCGUCCAAGUGGAACAGGGGCAGGGUGCUCGGCGGAGAGAAGAGAAGCGUGCCCGGCGGCCCGGAUCCGCAGCAUCACAACUAG